GGUGGAUAGCGCAUGGGACGCUUCACAACGUGCCUUCAGUGCAGCUGCGUGUACGCGCUGCGUGCGUGCAUCGACCUCGCGUUCCCGGUCCAGCAGCGGCAGUGGAGGUGUCUGCCAUGCACGCUACCACCCGUGUACGCGGCUGCCCACGCCCUCUUUGUGCGCGAACACCGAGCGAUCGCAGACGUCGCGACGCACUUCGAGCUUGAUCGCGCCAAGCUCCUCUUGCUCGUGCGCUGGCACCGCGCCCACGCCCAGAGCACGAGCACCCUCUCGACUCGUGCGCGCGCCGUCGGCGCCGCCAUGGCAUCUGAAUCGCCCUUGUACACAAAAGAGAUGCUUCAAGCGGCAGUUCGGUACGCGGCGUUGCAUGGCGUCGGCUGCCGCCAAGCCGCACGCGCCAUCGAGCGCGUGCACCAGCUGCCCCUCAACUCGAUUCCGCACGGAACCGUACAUCAGCACAUGCAGUCGCCGUCACUGCGGUAUCGCAAUCCGGGUGCCCACCGAAAGUUGUCGCGCUUUGAAGAAGAGCUCGUGGCGCAGCACUUGAUUCAAAAGCAGGAAACGCGGCGCUUGACAAAGCACGAGGCUGCCGAAGAAAUGAUGACGCUGCUCUGUCGACGUGGUCGAGCCAACCCGUUCGAAGCGUGUGCGCAAGCACGACCCAGCCAAGGGUUCUGGCGCGGCUUCUUGCAGCGCCAUCCGGAGAUCCAACUGCAAACCCGAUCAUCCCCAUGCAACAGGAUACUCGAUGCGACCACGUGAGCGCGCCACGUCAUAAUCUAAAUUAAAUUAUUCAACUGGCAGAUCGUGGCAAUCAAAAAUCACCA